AUGACUGUUUUCAACAAGCUUCUCAUGGGGACAAUGCACAUUAAAGCAUAUGAUUGGGUUGAUCUCGAUCCCCUCACUUCUAAAUCACCUACUAAAUUGUUACAUGUGGAUGGAAGUUGUGUACGGUUAGCGAAGGUAAAAGCCAAUGGAACGUUCACAGCCCCAUGCGACACUAGUGUGUUAUAUCCAACUUCAGGAGGAAAUAUCCAUGAAUUUACUGCAAUAACGCCAUGUGCCGUACUUGAUGUAAUCGGACCUCCAUAUUGUAAAGAUGAUGGCCGUGAUUGUACACAUUACCAACAAGUGAGUGAAUUCGAAAUAGAAGAAGAAGAAGAAGAAGAAGAUGUGUACGGAUGGCUAAAGGAAAUUGAAAUCCCCAAGGAGUCCAAGAUGGACAGAAUAGAGUAUAUGGGUCCACAUAUUAACAUUAACACUCCUAAUCCUUCUUCUAGUUAA